AUGGCGGCGUGGAUGAUGCCAUCUGCAGUUGCAGGAAGCAGGCCGCCCCCGAACUACGCAGAUGCACUGAGCAAGUGUUUGCUGUUCUAUGAAGGUCAGAGAUCCGGGAAGCUCCCACCCACGCAAAGAGUCACCUGGAGGAAGGACUCCGGCCUACAAGAUGGGCAAGAUGCCGGUGUUGAUCUGGUGGGCGGGUACUAUGAUGCCGGCGAUAAUGUGAAGUUUGGCUUCCCCUUGGCGUUCACCGGCACCGUGUUGGCGUGGAGCAUCGUCGAGUUCUCGGCGGAGAUGGGUCCGGAGCUGGUCCACGCUCAUGAGGCUUUGCGGUGGCUUACGGACUACUUGCUGAAAGCCACCACCCAACCCAACAGGGUCUUCGUCCAAUCAGGCGAACCCUUCAGUGAUCACAACUGCUGGCAGAGGCCCGAGGACAUGGACACUCCUCGCCCAUCCUUCCAAGUGAACGAUACCCACCCAGGCUCCGAGGUCGCCGGCGAGACAGCCGCUGCACUGGCGGCUGCCUCCAUCGCUUUCAGAUCAUCCGAUCCUGCCUAUGCCGACACACUGCUGUCGAGAGCAAAACAGGUCUACGAUUUCGCUUACAGAUACCAGGGUUCAUAUUCCGACAGUUUAGGCCAAUGGGUGUGCCCGUUCUACUGUGAUAUCAGUGGCUAUGAGGAUGAGCUGGUGUGGGGAGCUGCAUGGUUAAACAGAGCUACCAACAGCUCAGAUUACACGAAGCAUAUCGUCCAUGGCAUUCAGCAGAUCCAGACGCAGACGAAGCUUCGUGUUAAUGGCUACGACUGGCAGUUCUCAUGGGACGAUAAGGGUGCGGGAUGCUACAUCCUCCUCCUACUGAUGCAGAAGGUUUGGCAUUUAGGAAUCCAACCAUUUAUUAGGAACACACAAAAUAUCAUGGAAGUUGAGAAACAAUGA